CCGCUAGAGGUCGAACCUCCAGCAGCACUUCAGAAGGAGGCGCUGCACGAGUUCACCUUCAGCCCUUAAAUCAAAUCUUAUGAAACUUUACUGAAGCUUUUGGAGGAUUAAAACAUCAUGAACGGCUCUGCUCUCAGGACCGCGGCGGUGCUGGACAUCCAGCUCAGGCGGGGACCAGCGGGUUUGGGGUUUAAUAUAGUGGGCGGAGUCGAUCAGCAGUACUUGCUGGAAGACAGCAGUAUCUAUGUGGCCAAGAUCAAAGAGAACGGAGCGGCAGCACUGGAUGGGCGACUGCAGGAGGGCGACAAAAUACUAGCGAUUAAUGGACAUAAACUGGAAAAUCUGACCCACGGCGCUGCGGUGGAACUGUUUCGGUCAGCAGGAGAGGACGUCCAACUACAAGUUCAAAAGAGACUCCCAACCACCUCAAACGGUCCUGCAAAUCCUCGCCCUGAUCGAGAUUCAUCCCAGGCUGUCGGAGCUGUGACGAUUGCCAUUAUGGUUGCAGUAGCUGCAAUUGGGUUCAUUAUCUACAAACGUUACCCCAGACGACCAUUUUAGCCCUUUUCCAGUUGUACAUAUUUUAAAGACAAACCUUAUGAACUGUUUUUUUUUUUUUUUUUUGCUGAGGGCCAAAAAAAGGAAUUGCAGUGACAAGAUUAAUGGAAACAGAGCUACAGGUUAGCUAAAUGUUUGCCUUCAACUUAAAAUGAAUACAAUUAUUACAGUUGUAGCUACAUUCUGAGCUGUAAUCAUAUAUGCAUAACCAAAACUCAAAAUCUGUUGUGUUGUAUAAAGCUCAGUGGAGUUAGAGAUUAUGUUGAAUAAGAGAUCUUGAAUAGAGGGAAGCUGCUGAGAACGAAACCUGCUGAGUGACCAAAGAAAGAAGUGCUGUUCCUCCGAAACUGUAGAGGGCGCUGCAAAACCUUCCAACUUGAAGCUGGUUCUUUUUCUCCUGACCGGACACUGUCAGGAGACACUUGGGAUGUAAGCACAACAUAGAGUGGCUGGUAGAUGAACGACGGUCAGCUUUUUGAAAAGUUUUGCUAAUGCCAUUAUGCAAAAUGAAGCAUGUGGUUUUGGCCCUUUACAAACCGGGAAGACCCUGUGCAUGUGUGUGUUUGUGUAUGUGUAUGUAAGUUCCUCUUGCUCACUGGUUGUUGCAUAGGCACACGUGUGUGCACUAAAUAUGGAUGUUGGUCCUUGUGUAGUGGUCUUGGCAGGAAGGAAGUGUUUGUGUGUGUUGUUUUUUGACGAUUUUGUCCAGUUUUAGGAAUUCACCAUUCUCCUCUUACAAUCAGGUACUUAGUUAAGGGGGGAGGCGUUCUCUAAAUGUUUAAAUUGACACUCUAGCACGCUAGCAUUCAAUCAAAUCUGCAAAUCUUUAAAAUGUUUUUGUUUGGAAGGGUGAUCUUUAUAUGGGAAGUAAGGAUACACAGCCUAAAAAGGAACGAUUGCAUAGGUCUCUUUUUUUUUUCUUUAACAGGCCUCUGAAGUGGUCAGUCAUAUUGUGGUUAGCAUGGUAGCAUGUAGUUAGCAGCGGGAGCUCAUUGUUUCACUCUACGCUAUUUUUUUUUAUGAAUGCUGUGGUAAACGAACAUGGUACAUUUACCGUAGUCAUGAAUAUACGCUUCAUCAGGGGUCACCAAUCUUAUCUGUAAGGGGCAAAAGUUACUGCAGGUUUUAAGUCCAACCAAGCAGAAGCACACCCUGUAUAGGUAACCAUAUGUUAUAAAGGCUGAGACUGACCGAACAAGUAGAAUCAGGUGUGCUUUUGCUUUACUGGAAUAAAAAAAACUCCACCCACACCAUUUUGGAUAAGAUUGUUGAUACUUGCACUGUUUUAUCAAAAGUGUCCGCUCCCCUGCAUUGUGUUCUACUGUUCUUGAGCUGAUCUGAAUCUACAUAAAGCUUGGAGGUCUGUAGAGAUUGACAGGCACUGAUGGUUCACUCUGGAGUAUUUAGUAGUGAGGAAAUUUGAUGACUGGAUGUAGUAAACAGGUGGCGUUCUAUCACAGAACCACACUGGAAUUCACUGUUCUCCUAAGAGUGACUCAUUCUUUCACAUUUUUUGUAGAAGCAGUCUGCAUGAUCAGGUGCUUGGUUUUAUACACCUGUGGCCAUGGAAGUGAUUGAACCUAAGUUCAAUGAUCUGGAUGGCUGAGUGGAUACUUUUGGUAAAUAAUGUGUAUUUUUCCUCCUCAAUCUUUCUGGAUACUUAUAGAAUUAAAUUAAUACUACAAGAAAUCACAGUAUUUCUCAUCACCAAGGUGAUUUCCUAAAACUGACCCUCACUGAAAGUAACCCAAACAAAUUGGCUAUUUUUUUGUCGAAGAUGUAAGUGUGUCUGUAAGUUUUAGCUGCACAAAUUUAACAUCUUACAAUGUUACAGUUAAUAUCUUUAUUAAACAUGAAAGGAUGGAUUGUAGCUCUCUCACCUCCAAAUCACCCAGUGGGCCAGUUUACCUGUGUUUUACUGCAAGAUUGGGCUUCUGUCAUAAAUGUAUACCAUCAUGUAGUUCUCUGUAACCAGCAGCAAGUAUGGGACAAUGUUUGGCUCCAAUUUGGGUUGGUUUAGUUUAGUAGCAGAAUUAGUGACAUAAUUUUCACUCUUUGAUGAGCUCCUAGAUCAAACGACAAUUUUGUAACAUAUUUGUUUACCACAGGUUUAGAUAGCAGAUUGUUCAGUUUUUUCUUCAUGCAGAAGAAUGACUUGGGGCGUUUUCACAAUGGAACGUUCAGUCAAGGUUUGCAUGUUUGUCAUACUGUAUACUGCACAUUUGUUUGUAGUCUUAUUAUACUUCACACUGAUAGGUUUGUAGAUUGUUGCGAGUUCGGCGAGUUGCUUUUUUCAGGUGUUGUGCUAAAUGCUAGCUCUCUAGAAUCUGUUAGAAUCUGACUCCCCUUGGCAGCAGAAUGAGUUAAAUAUAUAUGUCUGUUUAUACAUUACUAGGGUUAAUCUACAAUUACAGUAGAUACAAGAAUCAACAGUGUAAGCGUUUACAUUCAUAUAAUUUAUGUGAUGCACCUGCGUGUCAACGGGAGUCGGACUUAAGCACAACAUCGCUUCUUUUUCUUCUAUUAUGUUUAAGGAUGAUGGUAGCAUGCCUCAGCUUCCUGUAAUCUCAAAGUCCGAACUAUCUAGAAAAGUGCACUUUUAACACUGCAGGUGAUUCAGACCAUUGUUAGGAGAUUCAAACCAAGACCAGCUCUUGUGGUCCAACCAAACUCUGGUCUUUUGGUCCAGACUGUGGCUCACGGCCCAAACAAGGCACUCACGAGUUUAUAGUUAUAGUACACAUCAGAAUGACCUACGGCUCCAGAGGUCUGUUAUUAUAUUAUUAGCAGUUGUUUUUCUGGAGCUGAUCUGUUUUACUCAGGGCUGCCCUCUUUCCCGGGCCAAUCUUGCAGCUAAUCGUGAAGGUGGCAUGUAAGGCCCAGUGCUCCAGUAUCUGUGUUUAAUUUUCAGUGUAAUUAAUUUCUAGUGUAAUUAAUUAAGUGUUUAUGUGUAUGUACAUGUGUUCUGGAGGUUCUGCCGUUUGGCCAAAUGGAGGAACCUGCUUUGAAAGCCUUACAGCAUGAAUGAAAUGCAUUUAUUUCUGUCCUGUCACUACCAAGCUAAUGUAGAAUUCGCACGAGCAUCACCCUUCGAAUAAACCAUUUCUUACAAAA